AACUGUAAUAACACCAAGAAGAACAGCGACUGUAAAUUCUACCAAUUUCCAAGACCGUGGUGGAAACGAGACCAAAGAAAAAAGUGGAUAAUUGCCGUUAGAAGACGAAAUCCCGAUGGAUCCCAGUGGCAGCCAAAGCCAGAUGACAGAAUUUGUAGUGCACACUUUAUUGGAGGUAGAAAAGCUGAUGAGGAAGCCAGUCCAAGUUAUGUUCCAAAGUUAUUUCCUCCUGUGUACAAAUCAAAACGGAUUGAUGAAAAUGCGGAAAUGUCAAGGUUUCAACGUUACCUGAAACAAAGAAACAUGAACACAUGUACAACAGCAGAAGCAGCAUCAGUCCAUCCUAAUAAUUCAAGUGAAUUGGAAUUGCUGGAAAAUGGUGUGAAUUUAAACGUUGAUAAUGAAUGUCAAGUGGACCUAUAUUUUUCUAAAAAUGGACAGAAUUCAGGACAGGCGUUUAUCUGUAACAGAUACAUAUUUUAUGGCAAAGAAACAUGUGAUGCUGAGGUUCAAACAGAAAUUGACAUCAAUACAAAUACUACUAAGACUUUUAAAAUGAUGAAACACAAAAGCUGUGAUACUGGUCAAAGCAUUUCUAUAGACCAAGCCACAAUGACCGAUGACAAAUACUUUGCUGGAUUUCAAUCUAUCAAUACCAAUGAACAGCUUGUCGAUCUUACAGGUGUUACUCUUAACAACUUUAACUUUUUACUAAAAUUUACCAAAAAAAACCACAAAUAUUUGGUUAAUGAGAAAGAUAGACUACUUCUUUUCUUGAUGAAAAUGAAACUUGGCUUAACAUUUUCCGCACUAAGUGUUCUGUUUGCUAUUCAUAGAACAACAGUGUCGAGAAUAUUUUACUCAUAUGUUGAAGAAUUAGCAGCUGCUACGUCAAAUUUGGUUUUUUGGCCGGACAAAAAUGUUGUACAGACGACAAUGCCGUAAUGUUUUCACCCUGAUUAUAGUAACACUCGAGUAAUUAUUGACUGUACUGAGAUUCCUAUAGAAGUACCAUCAAGUGUUGAUAAUCGUGUGUUCUGCUACUCGCACUACAAACAUGGGUUCACUGCGAAAGUGCUUAUUGGUAUAACUCCUUCAGGCUUCAUUUCACUCAAAUCAAAAGUAAGUGGUGGAAGAAAAAGUGACUCACAAAUAACUGUUGAGUCAGGAUUAGUAGACCUCUUAGAAAAUGGAGACAUUGUUUUGGCUGAUAAAGGAUUUCCAGCAAUAAAACAAGUCAUUGAUGAAAGUGGAAAAAGCAU